AUGAAGCGAAACUCAAGCAUUAGUGGAAGCACCGGUCGGCAAUCUAUGUUGGCACUGAGAGUGCAGGACAGCAACAAGAUGGGUCUCCAAACACCUCAGAUGAAGGACAAAGGUGCCUUUGGGAAAACGAGCAUGAGCAAACCUGCAUCUGGAGCUUCAGAAAGAAAAGUCAGCUUUUUUGGGAAGAGGACUAGUGGGGCUGGUGGAUCACGCAACAGCCAGUACGGCGUGUUCGGUACAGAGAAGAUGAAGGAUCCCAGGCCACUUCAUGACAAGGCAUUCAUCCAGCAGUGCAUCAAGCAGCUUUCUGAGUUUCUCGCUGAGAAUGGCUAUGCCCAUAAUGUUUCCAUGAAAUCUCUGCAGUCCCCAUCGGUUAAGGACUUCUUAAAAAUCUUCACUUUUAUCUAUGGAUUCCUGUGUCCUUCUUAUGAACUGCCUGACUCAAAAUUUGAAGAGGAAAUUCCCAAAGUUUUUAAAGAGCUUGGGUACCCCUUUCCUCUGUCAAAAAGCUCCAUGUACACAGUGGGAGCACCACACACAUGGCCUCAGAUCGUGACAGCGUUGGUCUGGUUAAUUGAUUGUGUCAAGAUAUAUGCUGCAAUGAGGGAAAAUUCACCAUCGUUUGAUGAGGGACAGAACUGGGGAGGAGAGACAGAUGAUGGAAUUGUGCAUAAUAAGCUUUUCAUGGACUAUUCUGUGAAGUGCUACGAGCUUUUCAUGAAAGGGAGAGAUACUUUUGAAGAACUGGAUGCAGAAGUGCAGUCAAAAUUAAAGGAUUUAUUUAAUAUAGAUGAAUUCCAGAUAGAAGGUUUAGCAGCUGACAACAAAAGACUUCAAGAAGAGAUUGCAAGAGUAGAAAAAGAAAAGGAAAGAGAGCCGGAUCGUAGAGUAACACUACAAAAUGUGAAAUCAUCUCUUCAAGCAGAUAUCCAGAAAUUCCAGGCUUAUUUGACUAAUCUGGAAUCUCAUAUAACCAUCCUUGAUCAAAAAAUGGAAGGUGUCAAAGAGGAAGUCGAGAGAGCAGAAUUGGAGGCAGAAGCAAUGAAGCAGGAGAAUGCCCGGCUCCAGCACAUCUUUGAUAACCAGAAGUACUCAGUUGCGGACAUUGAAAGAAUAAAUCAUGAGAGAAAUGAGCUGCAGCAAACCAUUAACAAGCUGACUAAGGAAGUGGAAGCAGAACAAGAUCAGCUGUGGAGUGAAGAGCUAAAAUAUGCUAGGAACAAAGAGGCGAUUGAAAUGCAACUGGCAGAGUAUCAUAAACUGGCUCGAAAGCUGAAAUUAAUUCCAGUGAGUGCUGAGAAUUCCAAAGGCCACGACUUUGAGAUUCAGUUUAAUCCUGAGUCAGGACCAAAUUGCCUAGUCAAAUACAGAACUCAGAUCAAGGCUCCCCUUAUGGAGAUCAUAAACCAGACUGAGGAAGAAAUUAGGAAAGCUACUCAACGGAAAAUGACUUUGGAAGAUACUUUGGAACAGAUGAAUGCAAUGGUAGCAGACAAGAAAAACAGUGUGAAAAUGCUGACAGAAGAAGCUGAAAAGCUGGAUGAUCUUUACCAUCAGACGCUUAAGGAGGCAGAAGAAGAAGAGCAAAAAUUUGCAAAUGAUCUGGAAUUGUUAAAGAAACAUAAACAGUUACUUGAGAGUGGUGUCAACGAGGGUCUCAGUGAAGCCACAAAUGAAUUGCAUGACCUCCAACGACAAUAUCAAGUUGUUAUGCAAACAACAACAGAAGAGAACAGGAAAACUGGUGAUAUCUUGAGUCGUCUUUUAGAACUGAUUGGUACUCAUGUAGUGUCUAUAGGGAAAUACCUUGAUGAGCAGAAUGUGAAAAUUGACAGAGAAUAUGAAGAAUUCAUGUCUGAAGAUCUGUUGUCAGACUUGUCCAGAAUUCUAGACAGUUAUAAAAAGAAGGCUGAAAGCUUGUAAUUACCAAAAAUGUGAGGAUGAAAAUUUUACAUUUCUGAAGCUCUGGUAUGGUGCCUUCUAAAAGGAUGGCUACCUCCUGUUUUUAGCAGUGAAACUGGUUUUAAGUGUAAGGAGGUAUUUAUGAGCUUCCUUUGUUGACACAAAUACGUUCAAGAAUUAAAUGAUAUAUUUG